AUCAAAUUCAUAAUUCACUGAAUGGGGGUACAAAAUGUAUACAUUUGGUGAUACAGAGGAUGCACCUGUCUUGUUUGGUCGGAUGUGGUCCAAAAAUAGGUCUGUGUUCGCUUAUGAUGUCAUCACUGUGCGACGAUCGCACACACUGCAGAUUUGUAGCAAGUGAAUGUAGCAGUGUUGAACUGAAAGUUAGCCCAAAGAGUUCUGAGUUAUGACUGCGCUUCAGCGGGCACUCAAAACCCAUUUCGGCUUCGAGAAGUUCCGCUCAAAGCAGCAAGAAGAUGUUGUCAAAGCCGUUAUCAGAGGUGAUAGAGACGUGUUCGUCUGCAUGCCGACGGGCGCGGGGAAGUCUCUGUGUUACCAGCUUCCCGCGGUCAUGUCAGAGGGCAUCACACUGGUCAUCUCCCCUCUGAUCGCCCUCAUCCAGGAUCAGGUUGAGCACCUGCGGGCGCUGAAUAUCCCAGCAUGCUCCAUCAACUCCAAGCUGGCCGUCGGGCGUCGGUAUCCUGUCCCGGACCUGGAGUCUGGCGUCGUUAAAACACGCCUGCUCUACAUCGCCGAGAUGGUGUCCUCGCCCGCCUUCCAGCCCUGUCUGAGCGCGCUCAGUACACGCGGCCUGGUGGCCCGGCUGGCCGUCGACGAAGCUCACUGCGUCUCUCAGUGGGGACAUGACUUCCGUCCGGACUACCUGCGCCUGGGGGAGGUGCGUGAGCGCCUGCUGCCCACCGUUCCGUGCCUGGCGCUGACCGCUACUGCCCCCCAGCGGGUAUGCGGGGAGGACGCCAGCCCCUUCCGCUGCGCCCUGAACGACCCCAAGCAGUUCUCCACGCCCGUGUUCCGCGCCAACCUCCACUACGAUGUCAUCUUCCGCGAGAUCCUCCCCGACCCCUACGCACACCUCGCCAAGUUCGCCCAGGACGCACUCAAGGUGGAGGAGGGAGCCCAGGGUUGUGGGAUUGUGUACUGCAGAACCAGAGAUGGCUGUGAAGAAGUGGCCCAUAAACUCACCAAACUUGGAGUCCAGGCCAAACCCUACCAUGCAGGGCUGAAGUCAGCUGACCGGCUCCAGGCUCAGACUGACUGGACGGAGGGAAAGGUUCCUGUUAUCGUGGCAACCAUCAGCUUUGGGAUGGGCGUGGACAAAGCAAAUGUCAGGUUCGUGGCCCACUGGAACCUGGCAAAGUCCCUGGCGAGCUACUACCAGGAGUCUGGUCGCGCGGGCCGAGACGGCCUCCCCUCCUGCUGCCGUACAUACUACUCACACAGGGACCAGGAGCAGAUGGCCUUCCUCAUCAGCAAGGAGGUGGCCCGCAAACAGGCGAAGAGAGGUGCAGAGAAGGAGCAGGAUAAAGCAGCACUCAAGGACUUUACAGCCAUGGUGUCCUACUGUGCACAGGAAGAGUGUCGGCAUGCCACCAUCUCCAAGUUCUUCGGCGACGCUGCGCCGGCCUGUGCGGGAUCAUGUGACUUCUGCCGGAACCCCAAGCUGGUGCGCGCUCAGAUCGCCCGCGCAGCCGUCCAGCGGAGCGGUCACACCGGUCCCGCCCACUCAGCACCACGCGGCCCCUUCGGCUACGACAAGGACCUCUACGCAGGAGGGAGGAAGGGCUACGGCUUCGAGAGGUUCGAUGAGGAGGAGGAGUGGGGAGGUGGUGAGGGUGAUGACUCUGACAGACGGAAGAAAGAGUUCCAGGACGUCUUCAAGAAACAGAUGGGCCUACGCAAGGGCUUUGGUUCCGAUGUCCCAAGAGAGCACUUUGUCCCCCCAGAUGAGGAUUGUCCACUUAGGGAGGCUAGCAGCCAGAAAAUCCCCAAGCUCACUGUUAAGGCAAGAGAGCACUGUCUAUCCCUGCUGCAAGAGUCCCUGAGCCUCCAGAAAGGGGAAUCAGAAAGUUCUGAUAUAGUGGCCUUGGCUGUGGACAUUGAGCACGAGGUCUUCAGGUCCUGCAAGACGUCCAACCUGUACAAGGCGGCGGUGCUAAAGAGGGUGGGCGAGCUGAAGAAAGGGGCCAGUGGGGCAGCAGCACCCCCGGUGGCAGGGAGUGGAAGUGCAAGCAGCUGUACAGUUAAAACUGAACCAAACGAGGCCAGCGAUGAAGCUGCCUCCUCUUCCUCUUCCUCGGCGGCGACAGAGGAGCAGUACGACCUCACACCGGCGUCACAGAUCUACUCUCUGAAGAGGAAGCGUGUAGGGGCGGGUCUCAGGGGGUCGUCCAACCCCUUCCAGACAGCCAGUGAGGUUCUCAAAGCCCAAAGUGACUCCGCCCACACAAACCACUCCUACAAGCCACAGGUCUCAGCCAAUCAGAGAGAAGACGAGGAUGAGGUUUGGCGGCCUGAGAGGAAAAGUGUGAAGGCGGAGCCUAAAGAGGUCACCACCUUGAUCAGCGCAAAGGCCAGCGCCGUGGUAGCCAAUCAGAGCAGUCCGAGCAAGAGGGGGCGGGGCUUAACCAGGAAGCAGCAUAAACUGGCUGAGGCCGCCAAAGACACGCGCAGCAUCUCCGAUUUCUUCAAAAGGAAGGACACACACGCGCACACACACACUGACUCACAGUCAGACACACUCUCGAACACACACACCACCUCUACCAUCAGUUCAUGGACUGGCUCUCACUCUCAAACAAACAACGACGCACACACAGCCACACACACAAGCUCACCGGCAGAACCAGACACGUGUGAACACACUCGGACACACAGCGACACACACACACUCACAGUCAAGGUGAAGGAGGAGGAAGACACACUCACACACACAGUCAAGGUGAAGGACGAGGAAGACACACUCACACACACUGUCAAGGAGGAGGAAGACACACUCACACACACUGUCCAGGUGAAGGACGAGGAAGACACACUCACACACACUGUCAAGGUGAAGCAGGAGAAAGACACACUCACACACACUGGGGGCAGUGAGGGGGACAGCUGUAACGGUGUCCAGACUGGUCUCCCAGACACGGUCGUCACGGAGAGGGAUGCCCUGGGGAUGGUCUCCAUGGAGACGAGUCCAGCGACAGGGGAGGAGUCUGGAGGUGGAUCUGUUGCCGUGGGAUGUAAUGGGGAGGUCGAAGUAAAGCAGGAAGCAGAGUCUCCAGAGGCCCUGGUGCCCGUCUCCAAACGGCCUCGUCCUUCUAGUGAUGCCCGCCGCCGCGUGACCUUUAACCCCAGAGUGCAGGAGCAGUGCUUCGAGACAGGAAGUGAUGCGGGCGAGCGCGCCCCAGCAUGCCCGGCCUCGCUGAAGGAGGCGGCCGACGUGGUGGUCAAGCAGCUGGACCCCCACUACAAGCAGGGACGCUUCGCCACCAAGGAGCUCUUCAAGGCCUUCGCACGACACCUCUCACACCUGCUCACAGAGACCAGACAGCUCUCCAGGGUCAAAGUGAAGUGUGAGGCGAAGCGUCUGAUUAAGCGUUUCUUCAGUGAGGUGCGACGCUGUGAGCGAGAGAGCGACUGGGAAUUCCUCAGAGUGGAGAUGCCCAUCAACCAAUCAGAGGAUAGAUGACCACACACACACACACACACAUUACAUAGGAAUACAGACACACACACACAGCAUAAUUACACACACACACAUAAUAAUUACGCACACAUUACAUAGGAAUACAGACACACACACACAAACACACAUACUCACACUUAUGCCCACACACACACAAGGAAAAACUAUGUCCCCUCAGGUAGUGAACGCAACUACUGGAGUUGCUGAAACACAUGUGAACUGGAGCAAGCCACACACACACACACACACACACACACACACACACACACACACAC